AUGGAGUCUUUGCCAAUUACAGUGUUGCGACUGAUUGUAUCGUUCGUGGACAGUAACAUGGAUCGUCUGAUGUUAUCAUUGGUAUGCAAGAGAUGGUUUGAACAUCGUGACAAGUAUAUGAGCUUUGAGACUCGGGCACUGGCAACCUCCUCCGACUAUGGGGAGAGUGUCAUUCGAUUGAACUCCUACAAACACGUGUUCGACGAGUCAUUCAAGAGCAAAUGGUUCACAAUCUGUGUCUUCUCGUCGACACGCAUACCUAUGGGUCAGUUCGAAUACAUUGCUUCCUGCUACGACCGCACGUUCAUCACUGGUGGCGAGGGCGAUCAUUCUUGGAAGCACGAGAUACUAGAGCUACCUUUAAUCGAAUCAAUCAGAUUCGACGACUCGAUACUGGAGGCGGAGUGGGCUCAUAUGGGAACUUUCUUUGACGAACUGACCAGACGAGGUGUCACCGACUUGACCGUCGACAUGACCUACCCGAUCCCACUCCGCGACAUGCCGAUCAGGACCAUGCGCAUCACCUGUCGCGAACCCUGGACUGCCCAGCCCUCCUUCUUUCCUACCACGCUCACCAAGCUCUCAAUAUAUGCCCAGUUCAGCGGCACGCUCGACAACAUGUUGCCGGCUGGCUUGAAGUACCUUUCGCUUCCUGAUGCAUGGAAUCAUCCAUUAGGACAAAACGCCUUGCCCACUGGACUUGAAACACUUCGCCUUGGUGAUCAGUAUUCUCAAAGUCUCGACAGGGUGUUGCCACCGGCACUCACCGAGCUCAGGAUACCUGCUCACGAGUCCUACAAGUCAUUGGUCGUGCCGAGCUCGCUCACAAGUCUGACCAUCGGCUACUACACCAACACAUUGAUCGACAAUGCAAACCUUAAGAUGCUGGACGUCAUCUAUCCGCCGCCAAGCUUUGAACAGCACAUCUCACUAGUUGAGUUAACAAUCCACAACUUUAGCUGGCACAACGUGGACAUCAUCUCCUCGUCCAGCUUCCCAUGCCUGGAGCGGCUGAACAUCAGAACUCAUCCCAUCACCAACCACAACCCCCUGGCAGAGUCGCCAGACCUGACCUCGUUACCAUCCCGCUUGAGGUGGCUCGAGAUUAAGACCUGCAGCGGUAUCCGUGCUCUGCCCGAGAAGCUCGAGAACCUUGCGCUCUUCUGCACGUCAGAGUUCAGUCUGCAUAAAGGGCUGCUGCCCAGUGCACUUCAAAAUCUGAUAUUGGUUGGCUAUAGUCAUGAGCUGCAAUAUGAUACUUUCCCGCUGACUUUACGCCAAUUCAAGCCAUGUCGAGUGUUCAUCAAACACAAUCCCAAUCUCUUGGAGAUGCUGCCAAUCUCGGUGGUUGACAUUAGACUGCCUCUUUUGUUCAAUGAUCACUACCUUUGGCUGUAUCGCAUGUCUGCCGACCUGUAUUUCCGGCACUCGAUCAACCUUUUGCGUUGCGGCUUUAUUAAGAGGGUCCCACUUCUUUUGCUCUGGCGGAGUAUUGUGAACCAACCAAUCAAUCAAUCAUAG